UGCGAGGGGCGGGGCUGCCCCCUCUUGGGCUGUUCCAACGAUCGCGCACCGCCCCCGCUGCGCCCCGCGCACGCCCUUGCUAGCAGGCACCUCCCGCCCCCUGCAUUGCUGAUGCUGCUGCUGGCAGACAUGGACGUGGUGAAUCAGCUCGUGGCUGGGGGUCAGUUCCGGGUGGUCAAGGAACCCCUUGGCUUUGUGAAGGUGCUGCAAUGGGUUUUUGCCAUCUUCGCCUUUGCCACUUGUGGCAGCUAUGACGGGGAGCUCCGGCUGAGUGUGGAGUGUGCCAACAAGACUGAGAGUGACCUCAGCAUUGAGGUUGAAUUUGAGUACCCCUUCAGGCUGCACCAAGUGUACUUUGAUGCACCCAACUGCCGAGGAGGCACCACCAAGGUCUUCCUAGUGGGGGACUACUCCUCCUCAGCUGAAUUCUUUGUCACAGUGGCUGUGUUUGCCUUCCUCUACUCCAUGGGGGCACUGGCCACCUACAUUUUCCUGCAGAACAAGUACCGUGAGAACAACAAAGGACCCAUGAUGGAUUUUCUGGCUACAGCAGUAUUCGCCUUCAUGUGGCUAGUUAGCUCAUCUGCCUGGGCCAAGGGGCUGUCGGAUGUGAAGAUGGCCACAGACCCAGAGAAUAUCAUCAAGGAGAUGGUUGUGUGCCGCCAGGCAGGAAACACAUGCAAGGAGCUAAGAGACCCUGUGACCUCAGGGCUCAAUACCUCGGUGGUGUUCGGCUUCCUGAAUCUGGUGCUCUGGGUUGGCAACCUGUGGUUCGUGUUCAAAGAGACAGGCUGGGCCGCCCCAUUCAUGCGCGCACCUCCUGGUGCCCCCGAGAAGCAACCAGCACCUGGAGAUGCCUACGGCGAUGCAGGCUACGGGCAGGGCCCCGGAGGGUAUGGGCCCCAGGACUCCUACGGGCCCCAGGGUGGCUACCAGCCGGACUACGGGCAGCCAGCUGGCGGCGGUGGCGGUGGCUACGGGCCUCAGGGCGACUAUGGGCAGCAAGGCUACGGCCCACAGGGUGCGCCCACCUCCUUCUCCAAUCAGAUGUAAUCUGGUCAGUGCAGCUGGGAGGACCCCAUCCCCAUGGGUGGGCACGAGCUCAAGAGAAGGCCUGCCCCCCUUCCUAUCCCUAUACCCUAGGUCUCCACCCCUCAAGCCAGGAGACCCUCAAUUGUCUUUGCUGUUUAUAUAUAUAUAUAUUAUAUAUAAAUAUCUAUUUAUCUGUCUGAGCCUUCCCCUCAUCCACUCCCCUCUCUCAUGCACUAGGGGCCCAGCCUUGAAUGGGCUCCUCCUUAGCCCUACACCUUCCCCUGAACCCAUCAGCCCCUUUCUGUUCCCUAGCCCUGUCCCCUGAGGUUAGGAGGCUUUGGAAAGGGGCAGGAAGGGGAGACCUUGGCUGUAUGGGGAGGGUGGGAGGUGAUUUCAGACUCUCUCCUCUCUCUCCUCCCCCUCCUAACUCUGGCCUUGUUCCUCUAGCAAUAUCUGACCAGACUGUGAAGGGUAAGUUCAACCCCAAGGUGUAAGAAAGGCAGAUUUAGGGGACUUGGAGUAAAGGGGACAACUUUGGACUGAAAGUGUUCUUUGAGUAGACAGGACUAGUGGACAAGACUAAUCAACAAGGAGCUAGGUUCCAGAUAUACUAAAUGUGGAACCUGACAAAUGAGGUGCCUAAAGCAUUCUGGAGUGGAACUCUGAAGGGGGUAGAGGGCAUGCUCUAGAAGGGACAGAGCUUUAAAUGAUGCUUCCAGUGGGCUCCAGGGUGGGCAGGCUUGAAUUGAGACUAGCAGCCCUAGGUGUGUGGCCUGGAACAUUGCAAAGUCUGAACUUGAUUCUAAAGGAUCUUGAGCAGAGUAAGAAGUGAGGUUCAGAAAUGGCCUACCCUUGGGGUGAAGUCCAGGUCAGGGGUCCAGACACUGAGGUUUAGUAUAGAGAGUGCAUGGUGGUUUCACAAGGAGCAGCCCCUCUCCCAAUGGGGCAGCAAAGAAAGUAGGUUUCAAAGUGAACAGAGUUUGGGUAGUAGCUGUGGGAAGAGGGUAGUUAAGAGCCUUGGGAUGAGUUUUAAGGUAGGUGAGUACCCCUGACCAAAGCUGGGCAUUGAGGUUUGGGAAAGAUCUGAGAGGAUGAGGGGUGGGAUCUAGAGAACAAUACCCCUUGCCCACUCCCUUGACAAGUCAGCUAGGUAAUCAGAGGAUAGAGUUCAACUGGUCUAGUGGGGCUGGCCCAUCCCUCUGCCUCCUCCCCUGCCCCCACUCUCCACCCCCUCCCACCAGGCCUGGGUGGUUGGAGGCUGGGUCUGGAGCUCCUAUCCUGCACCCUCUGCUGUGUCUGUGAUGUCGGUAGUGCCUGUGAUCGUGUGUUGCCAUUUUGUCUGGCUGUGGCCCUUCCCUCUCCUCUCCAGACCUCCCCUUUCCUUGCUCCCUUCGGUAUUGUUUGAAGACCCCCUUCUCCCUGAGGAAGAACAGAUAUGAGUACUUCUCCUCCCUCAAAUAAACUCCUCAAUCACCUAGUC